UGUUUAUUUUAAGUAUAUGAACAACAACGAAACUAAUAAAAAACUAACUGCUAGGCCUAAUUGUUUUAGUUACAUUGGCCGAGUAUCCUAGGCUAUUACCGCGUUAUUACACAAAUUGCUUUAGGUAUACGGCGGGUUAUUUUACCAUGUGAGUAGGCUAUAAUAGCCAAGUUAACAAACUGGGCUUUUCCGUUAACUUUUAUUUGCGAGCAAAGAGGUAGGCCUAUCCUAAAUGACCAUUAUGGUUUGUAAACAAACUUAUUCUUAAGACUACACACAGCAAGACUCAUUAAUGAGCAGCGACAUACCAGUGACCACUCAGCUGACUUGGUUUAGUUUAUCCGCAAUGCCAAUGUGAAUGACUCAAUGUGCUGUUUUCGAGUGGAAAAGUACUGCGCUGGAGACAGGGUAAUUCCACUAGGUUGGGUGACCCUCUUAACCGAAGCGUUUUAAAAUACAUUCACCAGUAAUGACGCUUAACAGUGUCUCGCCUGCCACUGCGUGUUUUUUUUUAAUGAGGAUACAAUGACCGUUGAUGCAACUUUUCAGAUGACAAAUGAAUAUUUUUUAUGGGGAGAUUUGCACUCUCAACCAGAGAGGCUUGUGACAAUGGCAAGGGACCUCACAAAGGAAACAGGAUGUGAUCAGACUGCACAAGACAGCAGUGCUGUGAAAAAAAGCCAGUUGCUUCUGGAUCGGGGCCAGUGGGCCAACAAAGUGGAGUUCUUGUUGGCCGUGGCAGGAACACUUGUGGGGCUUGGAAAUCUUUGGCGAUUCCCCUAUCUGUGUUACAAAAAUGGUGGAGGUGCUUUCCUGGUGCCAUAUGUGCUGUUUCUACUCUCCUGUGGGAUACCAAUGUUCCUCAUGGAAACUGCCAUGGGACAGUAUACCUCACAAGGAUGCAUCACUUGCUGGAGACACUUUUGCCCUCUAUUUGAAGGGAUUGGUUAUGCUACACAAGUGGUGAUUGCAUAUGCUGCAGUGUCCUACAUCAUCAUUCAGGCCUGGGCAUUCUUCUACCUGUUCUACUCCUUCAGUGCAGAGGUGCCUUGGGCCAGCUGCAGAAAUGCCUGGAACACAGAUUCUUGUGUGGAGUUUGACAAGAGGAAUGUCUCAUCAAACUGGACUGUGCCAGAAAAUGCCACCUCACCUGCAACAGAGUUCUGGGAGAGACGGGUCCUAAACAUUUCCGAGGGGAUUGACCAUGUUGGUUCUGUUCGUUGGGAGUUGGCCCUAUGCUUGAUAUUAGCCUGGGUCCUCUGCUACUUCUGUGUGUGGAAAGGAGUUAAAUCUACUGGAAAGGUGGUGUACUUCACAGCCACAUUCCCUUACUUGAUGCUGAUUGUUCUGCUGGCUCGAGGGCUCACUCUCCCAGGGGCCGCAGACGGCCUGCGGUUUUAUCUGUACCCUGAUCCGGCACGGCUCGUAGACCCACAGGUUUGGAUGGAUGCAGGGGCACAAGUUCUCUUCUCUUUUGGAAUCUGUCAAGGCAGCCUGACUGCACUUGGAAGUUACAACCAAUACAAUAAUGACUGCUACAAGGACACCUUUGUCUUAUGUUUGGUGAAUGGAGGUUCCAGUUUUGUCGCUGGGUUUGCCAUUUUCUCUGUGUUGGGCUUUAUGUCUUAUGAGCAAGGAAUUCCCAUAUCGGAGGUUGCUGCGACUGGUCCUGGACUGGCGUUCAUCGCCUACCCACGUGCUGUGGCCAUGAUGCCUUUUCCACAGUUGUGGGCUAUAUGUUUCUUCAUUAUGGUCAUUCUCCUUGGGGCGGAUACCCAGUUUGUUAGUCUGGAGUGCCUAAUGACAUCUGUGACAGACAUGUUCCCCACUGUGUUUCGGAGGGGAUACAGGCGAGAGUUUCUGCUUCUGGGUCUGUGCUUGGUUUGUUUCUUACUGGGGCUCCUACUUGUCACUGAGGGUGGCUUGUAUUUCCUACAACUUUUUGACCACUAUGUUUGCAGUGGCAACAACCUUUUGUUACUCUCUGUCUGCCAGUCUAUAGCCAUUGGAUGGAUCUAUGGUGCUGAUAGUUUUUAUGACAACAUAGAAGAUAUGAUCGGCUACCGUCCAUGGCCUCUCAUGAAGUACUGUUGGCUAUACAUCACCCCAACUGUUUGCAUGGGUACCUUUAUUUUCAAUAUAGUGAAGUAUCAGCCCCUGAAGUUCAACAAGACCUAUGUGUACCCUGACUGGGCAUACAUAAUGGGGUGGUUCUUAGGCCUGUUCUGCGUGUUUCUGGUGCCUCUGUGGGUUAUCUAUAAACUCUCAAGGUCCAAGAUGUCUGUGUUGCAGACACUAAAACAUCUAUGCCGUCCUGCCAACAUUCAGAAUCAGAACCUCAAUCUGAAGCAGACAGCUGAGCGAUGCCCAUUGAACCCUGUUGCAUCACAUUCUCCUCCUUCUAAUGAGUUCAAGAGAAAUGGAGUGGAACUGGAGAUGCAAGUUUAACAGACUUCAUUAUUACAGCUGUAUUGCUUCACAUUUGAAAAAACAAAGUUGUUACUCCCAUCGUAUCUGUUAAUCUAGUAAUCAUCUAAUUUGUUGUGUGUAUGGAGCAUAAGGGAGAGCAAGAGAGAUGGACAAGAGAGAGUCAAGUUGAGUUCCCUGCUGCCCCUAAAAUGAAAGCAAUAAAUGGUUACAUAUAAAACAAAAUCAUAAAAAAGAUCAAACUAAAAUUUUAACUAAUGAUGACAUUUCUAUUUUUACUUAAUGUGGAAAUGAAUUGCCUGGCACAGUCACCUACAGUAUACCUCAAUUUUGUGCUUCAAUAUUUGUUGCUGUAUUUUACUUAUUCUGUUUUCUGGAGAGAACAUUUUUAAAUGAUGACAACAAACUACUUUGUUCCCCUCCCUUUCCAAGCGUGUGGGGCAACCCUUUUUUAGAGCCAGAGUUUUGAUUUGUUCUUACCAACGGUAUGGCGCUUCAACAUGGCAAAAGCCAUGUACAGUAAGUGGACUCGCUCCAGACGUACAGUGCCCUCCACAAUAAUUGGUGCCCCUGGAAAAUAUUUGUAAAAGGGUUAUUAUAAAUCUAAUUUUUUUGUGAAUCAGCAUAAUUUCACACAGUUUACAAAUGUACAAAAUCCAAUAAUUGAUUCAUGUAACUUUAUCUAGAGAAAAAUAUAAAAAAGACCUCAAAAAAUGCCUGAAUCUACAUUUAGGGGAAUCUCUAAAACAUUCAAAACAACUGGAACAGGGACAAACACACCUGGAUGAGAACCCAUGUUGCUUUUACCACCAUGCACAAUGGGGAUGGUAGAAAGGUUUAAAAAACCUCCAAGGAUCAGUAUUAGAGAGCAUCGGCAAAAAGUAGCAUCUUGGAGUCACCAAGUCUACAAAAAAUCCCACCAGAUGCCACUUCAAAAGCCCUUUCUUUCAUUUAAAACAACACCAAAGAGUUUUUGUAUCUUAAAAUAAUGGUUUUAGUGGUUCAUCAACUCAUAACAGGGUGAACGGCACUUCUGCAUUCGCUUCGCGACCCCUCUUGGCUAUAACCGCACUAUGCAAGUUUGCCAGAUAGGGUAGCGGAUCUGUAGUUCGAUGGAAUGAGACAUAAGAAACUACAAAUUUGACUUGCUUCUGAUGUCGCAAUACAUACUUUCAGAAAAUCAUGAAACAUACUCUACCUUGUCUGUGGACAUUGUUAUUUCCAAUAGCCAGGAGUUUGCUAAGGGGAUUUUGACUAAGCUGUGUUUACUGGCCAAUUGAAAUAAAAAUGUAGCUUUUUGGCAAGAAACACUCACUUUGGAUUUAGUUUUAAAAGGAUGAAUACUUGUAUAGUACAAUCGUCUACUGUUAAGUGGUAGAGGGUCUCUUAUAACGUGUGUGAUAUGUAUGUGAUAUAAAAAUAUGUGCAGAUCAAAAUGAUUUACUGAACACCAAAUCAAGAUUCUGUUAUGGUGAUCUCAGUCCCCUGAUCUGAAGUCCAUAGAAAAACAGCGGGUUGAGCUGAGUUGAAGGCAUUAUGAGAUGUUAUAAGGGAAGAUUAACUGCUGUUUAUUGACAAAGGGAGGUUGCACAAAGUAUUAUAUACAGGGGCGACCUUCUGUCAAGGUAAACCUUUUCUUUUCAGUGUGAGACUAAGUUAAAUCAGCGAGAUUAGAUUUUUGUAUAACCCUCUUUCGUCUUUACAAGGAGGUAAUUGUGGAGGGCACUGUAAUAUGAAAGGCUCAUUCUAGCUAACGAGUACACAAUAAUUUGUACUUUCAGAUGAUCGUACACUAAUGGAAGCAUAAUUAUGAAUACUACAUUAAUUUCUUCUAAUAGAUCCCCAUACGUCUGCCACACUGUACUUUGAAAUUACAAUUGAUAAGACAGAAAAAGAAUUUAACAAUAUCUGUUGAAGAUUUAGGUCUACGAGCUGACUUUACUUUACUUGACUCAAAACUGCCCAUGAAAAAAAACACCUUUGCUGCUCUAAUUUCCAUCUCUUUCAGUUCUGCCUUCGCCAGGCAGUGCCCCAAUCCUUCCCACCCAUAUUUAAGUUGAAGUAUUUGGUAGACGCUUUUAUCCGAAGCAACAUAAUAAAUCAUAUAGAAAAUGGACUGUAAAAUAUGAUGUUAUUACUAUUGCACAUUUAUACAGAAACUGAUAAAGAUCAAUGGUAGCUUUUUGUAGUGUACUGUAUGUUCACAGUGGAAAUUAAGAAGUGUAGCAGAUGCAGAUGUUUCGAUAGAAUUCUGUCUGGUUGCAAAGUGAUGUGAUGAUUUCAGGCAUCUCAUCUCAGACAUUCUGAUCCACUUUACCAUGCUUAAAACAGCUUUGACAGGUCUGCAAAACUGAAAUAUUUGAAUGACGUUGAGUUAUGUUACAGCUAAAGAAAGGUUGACACUUUGCUCCCACCUGCCUAGCAUAAGACUUGUUGCCAUACCAUAUAAUACACAGUAAAAACGUUGGUCACACUUAACUUGGAUAGUCCACCCAAAGACUAUCUACAGAUGCAUAGAUUAUCAUCAAACAAUCUGGUGACACUCUGUCAACUGCAAUUUAUGAUUAAAGUCAAGGUUAGGUUGGAUUUGGUUGUGGUGAUAUUCAGUAAUUGUUAAGCAAAACUUUUACAUACUGAAAGAGAUGGUCUGUUAAGUCUGGGCAGACUGCAAAGUGAAGCGUUACCGAAAACUCUACUGUAUCUGCCACAUGUCAAAGUGAUCGCCUUUGUGUUGGCUCUCAGCACACAAAAGACCAAAACCUAAAUGUGCCGAAGUAAUUUCCAGCCUUUCAAGAUCACUAACCCAUAUGUGGAAGAUGAACAAUGCAAUGCUAGUAAAACUAUAGCAGUCAGAUAAAGAUAUUGCACUAAGAUGCCUGAUGUUUUGACAGGAAAAAAAUACUACAAUAUGUAUUACCAAACAAAAACGUUUGAAACAAUAGUUGUUAUUAUUUGUUUAGAUAAUAGAUAGAUAGCCUACCUCACUUCCAGAAAUCACAGUAAGAUUAAUUUUAUCAACAAGAUCAUUUUGUGGGUGUGAAUUUAUGGGGAUAUUGUUUUUCAAGGAAACAGUGAAUUGCAACAAUAAUUUAUUCAUCCUUUUAAGGACGCUUAGGAUGCAUUAUUUUGUGAUUCAUUUCUAUAUAUAAUCAUCAGUGAUGUAACUAUUUUCAAUUUUGAAUAGUGUUUUAAUAAAUUUCAUGACAUAAUGUUAAUGCUCAGAUUUGAUUAGCAGUAUACCAUCUAUGGGUGCCAUGGUACCAGCUCAGGUGUGUCAGCCAGCAGCUGUACACUGUUAUGUGUCUGGUUGAAUAACAAUCACCAUUAGACACCUUACGCUUCACACACCUUUCUCAUCAUCAUAUUUUCCAAUAAUCAACCUAUUUCCUUUGUUUCUUGGUGUCACAUUCGUGACAUUAGUUUGUAAUGGCAGCUUAUAAGGACAUGAUGCACUGUAAAAAUAAAGAGUGAUUGAACAAA